AUGAUAUUGCACAUAUUUCUGUUACUUUUCAAUCUUGUUUAUGAAAUAAGAGCCCAAGAGAUACCUCAACAUCGGCCGACGAUUCGAGUACUCAAUGGUACCAGUAUUGAGUUGGGCUGUGAGCCAGCUGAGAUGCUGGUCCGAACUCAUAUGGCACCGGACUUUGAGAAUCCACAGUUAGUGAGGAGGCUGGAUUGGUUUCAUGAUGAUUCGCUGGUGGCUAGCUAUCAACAGGUCGGUUUUUUUUAGACGGUUGAGGGGGGGGUUGUUUUAUAUGUUAUGGAUUUUAGAUUUCUUAUCCAUUUCUGUGGUUUUAAAAUUUGGUACAACCAAAAAAAAUUAAUUUUUAAAAUUUUUGAAUAACAAAUCAACAGAAGGGACCACGUUCACUUUACUAAAAAUGAGGUUAAGCUUAUCACCUUUUACACAUCUCGUCACCUUCUACCCCACUCUUCCCUCAAGAUCUUCAACUUUCACCCCACUCCUGCCCACCCACUGUUAAGCCUAACAUCUCGGUUUCCACGAGCAAUUCCCGGCCAAAAAUUCCAAACUUUUAAUGGAAUCUAAUCCUUCCGGCUCUAAAUGCGUCUUCAUUUGCAUAUGAAAGCAAACUUUUUUUGCGAGCUGGCGGUGCGUGUCGGCCUGGGAACAAGAAUGCUGCAACAUUGCACCAAAAAACACAUAAGGGGGGGGUCGGGUUUCGUGUCGAUCGUCGGAAUAAUUCAUAUAGCAUUAAGUGUAGGCAAGUGUAGCACGAAGUGUGUAAGAAAAGUGAAGGAAUACAUUUGGGAGACAAAUAGAGGGUUUGCAUGAUUUGUCUGGAGUUGUUUCUACUUUUAAGUGACCAGAGAAGGUCGAAUGCAUGCUUAAAGAAUAUGAAAGUAGCGCAGAACAAGAAGAGAAUAUUAGGCUAUACUGUAAUGUAAUGGCUUUUACAAAGCAUUUUAAUGCAAGAUUUAAAAAAAAAUAAUUUCAAUGCAAACGAUGUUCAACUUAUCUUAAUUUAGCCCUUCCUCUGUCGUUACAUUUUAAAAUUUUUCAAUUUUCCAAAUUUCAAAGACCUAUUCAGAAGACAUGCUUAUCAAAAUCCAAAAGCAUAUUAUCUACACUUUCAAAUCCAAUAAACCCCUCCUUUUUGUGUUGUUGUUGAAAUGCGCUUUUAUGCUGUUAUUUCGAGCUCGUUUUAACACUUUUCUUCCGCACCUGCUUUCGCGCACUACGCUCGUUUAGCCAUCUCCCUAAGGGCAUUCGGCCCGACGAAAUGCGCGUUCAAGGCGGAAAAUUGUUGCGGUCAUUUGGAGCAAAAAAAAAGAAAAUUGCGGUUUAAAGUGGAAAAUUAUAAAAGAUUUUGAGCUCGAAGAUAGAGCAUAGUAAGGUCAAUAACAACAUAGUAAAAAACGUUUAAAAAAUUUUUGAUAAUUUCAUUUUUGGACAAAAAAUGUGAUUUUGAGUCGAAGUCCGGCUUUGAUAUGCAUGUCUUUUUAAAUUCAUAACUAUGUGAAAAUUGUUACCUAAAAUCUGAAACUUGACUUACAGUGGCACGACAGACUGGCCUUUCGUCUUGUUUAGUUUCAGAAGCAUAGCUGUUGUUUUGAUUAUGUUGCUAUGCUUUACACUUUCACUUUUACAAAAACUUAGGCAGAUUUCCUUUUCCAAACUGAUAAGACUGUCAUUUCCAUCUUUUAUAUACCUAUUCAUCUACCAAACGCAUCAAUAUUACUAUACUAAUCAAGAAAAGAAGAUACGCCAAACUCAGAGAAUAUGUAAUAACAUACAUAGUAAGAUAUCGUAUGUCUAUAUGUAGUAACAUAGUAAGAGACAUAAGGAAAUACAUAUGUAAAAACAUAGUAAGAGAGACUACAUCUAUAACAUAGUAACAGACACUACAGAUAAAGCAACAUAGGAAAAGACGCUACACCUAAAACAACAUAGUAAGAGACAGUGGACGUGUACAUGACAUGUCCACAACAAAAUGACAUACGACCACGAAAAAAAGACUGUUUUAAUUGGCAAAUAAUUAUCGACGGCCAAAAUUCGCCCCAUUCUAAUUAAUAUAUCAUCCGAGGAGAAAGGGGGGUUUGUGUACAUCAUCGUAUGUUCGGAGCGGAACUGGCAGCAGGCGUGGUAUUACUUUACCUAAUAAGACGAAACGGGCAAAACAUACGUUAGAAAUGCAAAAAGUCGCAUCAGGAAUGGCAUAUGAAACCAAACAAUAUUUGGGUGAGGUAUAGUGGGUUGGAGGGAUGUAUUGAGGAGGUAUAGACAAUAGUUUAACGUAGUGGCGGGAAAUUGAUCACAGUAGUAUGUCGAGACAUCCUGACCCAAUAUCUGCUACAAUAUACAGUAAAAAACAAGCUUUUAGUAGCUAAAAUCAAGAAAAAUGAACAUACCAAGCAUAACUAUCAAACCAAGUGAAAAUACCUAAAAUUUCAAUCAAAACCCCUUAAAUUAUUACCUAAAAACAAAAAACAUACCAUAAUGUGCCACAGUAUCAAAUGAACUAAAACAUCAAAUAACUAUACCAUUUCAGGACGUCGUAACUGACCUAAGUCGCCAGUGGUGGGUCGCUGGUGCCAGAUACGAACUGAAGAAACCUUUCUACGACCUCAGGAUACAUCCUUCGUUGCCAGAAGACUCGGGUAUUUACAGAUGUCGGCUAGAAACUGAUCCACUGUUCGCUGACGAUGAAACAGGCAUCAACAUUCCGGUUUUGGUCAUGGGUAAGAUCCUUUUUUGUGGUACUUUCAUCUAGAAGGGUUAAUAAUUUUACUUGAAAAUUAACUGUAGAUAGCUGUUGUUAAUUUUGACAUAUAUUUCAACAAGGAUUUUAAUUUUAACAAAGUUAGUUUCAAUAGAAAACUCAAUAAAAUAAAAAAAUUUCAAAAUUUUCAAAUAUUUGUAUUUUCAAAAAAUCAUUAAAAAUUAAAUUUUAAAACUACAAAAACAAAAUUUGGCACACAGAAUCCCAAUGAUCUAUACUAUGUUCCUGCCAAAUAUUACAUUUAUAGCUGUUUUUAAAAGUCAUAUAUCGUCCUUUUCAAGUUUAAUCAAAGGUUUUGCAAACUGGCAGAUUGCACAGUGCAAAACCUCCUUUACAUGUGUCCAAAUUUCAAAAAUUAAAUCUUAGCAUGAAAAAAGCUUGAUUUUUAAUUUCAUCUUAGCUAAAAAAUUUUAUCUUCUUCACUGCCUUCAUUACCGUAUCUUCUCUUAAAUUUCCGGCUUUACCGCGAGCUUGAUUAAGUAUUCUAAUACUUUGUUCUUCAUUGUGUCAGACUUCAAACGUUUUAGCGAUUAAAAUUUAAUGUCCGGCGCUUAAAAUGGUGGUAUCUUCUUCCUCUUCGAACUGCGGUAUCCUGUCAUGUUUGAGUUGGCCGUAUCUUGUAUCAUGUCUCACAUAAACAAAGGGUAUCUUUGUUUCUUUUCAAGGGUAUUUUUGUCUUCCUUAAUAGAGGGUAUCUUGUCUCAUACGAAACGUUCAUAUCUCGUAUCAUGCUUCAUCCUGACCAGCGGUAUCUUAUUUAAACCGGCGGUAUCUCAUCUGAACUAGUGGUAUCUUGUCCCCCUCACUUGUGGCUAGUCAUCGGUCAAAUGUCCAUUUAAGAGGGUGGGGACCGGCUUCAUUUGCAUCGAACGCGCAUAACGAGAGUCUUUUUGGCGGAACGGCCAUCUGGCCGCGAUUCGUCACAACCAUGACAUAACUUUACUUUAUAUCCCCCCUAUUUUACCAUCCAAUCUAUCUUCCCCAUUUAGAGCGGGGUUAUUCGAUUAAGUGAACGGAACUUGACGGACAAGCCGUGGGGCCUUUAAAAAUAAACAAAAAUUUUUAAAACAGUUGAAAACACUUAAAAUGUUAUGUGACGAACGGCACUUUAGGCUUUUAUAGAUAGUGCAGAUAACAAAGAGCGAUUCUUAAACAAUAUCCGGUAUAUAUUACUGUAAAGUGGCAAGUUAUGCUAUAAUUUUAUCAAAAAAUUGUCGCAAAACCUAAAAUAUCUGGCUGCACCGUACAAAAAGUCAAUUUUUAUAAACUGCACAGUGCAAAAAAUCAUUUCAUUUCAAAUUUUACGACCAAAAUCUCAACUGUUUUUAAUGUACCCUCAACCAGGCUUCGGUCGAAUUAUUAGGAAACGCAAAUUGUUUUAAGAAAACCGCCGCUUUUGUCUCCAAAACCUGAAAUUUGAGGUCAUAAGCGGCGCUGGGAUUAGGAGCCGUUCGGAUUAAGCCCAAGAAAACAAAACACACAACCAUUAAUUUGCAUAAUAAAGUUAGCACAAGCAACAACAAGUUUAGGGAAAACAGAUUUCGUAUUCAAAUCUAAUCAAAAGUAGUGUAAUAUAAAUGAAAAUUGAAGUUUGGGUAACACGAGACAUUAAUCAACAUGAUAAUGAGCUAAAGUUUUAAAUUUAGCUAAAACGAUAUUAAAAUAUAAAUAAUUUAGAACAACAAAAGUUACAUGACAUAUUUUACAAUAACCAACAUAAAAAUUUUUUAUAUAACAAUAUCAAAUGAAAUCUUCCAGUACGACCACCAGCACCAGCCAAACCUCAACUAACUGCAAGUACAGAAAACAGUCUGACAAUAAGCUGGACUCAGUCAGCUGGAGCUGCUCAUCGCCCAGUUAUACGUUAUUCUGUGUUAGUCAAGUAAGUUUUGCCCAUUACAAGCCACAAAACCUAUAACGAUUUUUUUUUAUUUAACAAUAAAUAUUGUGUCAUUCUUUAAGUAACCAUAGCCAAAUGUUCAUAGAUAAUACUAUAACAUAACCUUUCACUUUCCAGCCGAAUGGACGAUGAAUCCCUGCGCGUAGUAACAACCAAAGAUAAUCAAACUACAGUCGUCGUUGACAGUCUUCUACCUUACACCAGGUAUGGCCUGUCGGUCAGAGCUGAAAAUCCGGCUGGUACUAGUGAGUUCGGUCCAGAAAGUGUCUUUAGAACAUUGGGAGAAGCACCUAAAGAAGCUCCCAUGAUCCAAAUGCUCAGAAAUGGCACAGUCGGCUGUAUUGACGUUGUGUGGAGAAGUUCACCGACUGAUCACAAUGGAAGACCUGUACUUGGGUUUAGGCUUAUGGUACAUCGGAUGGGGUCUGGUGCGAUGAGAGAGUGGUAUGUAAAGAAUCACAGGCAAUCGUUGUGUUCGUUGGAGCCGGAUUCUGAAUAUAAAUUGAGCAUCGAAAGUGACAAUGGCUUUGGAUAUUCUCCUGCUAAUACUGUCAACUUUCAUACUGAAGAUGGAAGUAAGUUGGGUCAAUUUACCUACAAAAACUUUUAAAAUAGCAUAUUAAAAGCAAAAAUUUAAAGUUAAGGACUAGUUUAACAACAAAAAAAGCAGAAAAGAAGGUUAAAAAUUAAAAUUACCUAAUUGGCCUAUUAUAACAUAAAAAGGAAAUUUUAGUCCCAGAAGGCCCUCCAGAAUCUGUUGAAGUUCGUCCAUUGACUGGCGACACUGUACUAGUCCUGUGGAAAGAACCAGCUGUACCAAACGGUCGUAUUUUGUCAUAUCAGAUCUAUUUCCAAAACUUAAACUCAAAACUACCAAGCUCCAUGGUCAGAUUGAUGGUAAAUCAAGAUUCUUCAAAGACUUUCGCUUACAAUCUUACUAAACUCGGUGAGUUUGACCUUUCAUACCUAAAACUGUAGCAAUUAGCUCUAAAUGUGAUCUAAACCUUGAAUUUUAAAUUCCUCUAAACCUAAAACAAUACAAAUUAAAAACAGGCAGGGAAAGCUAAUAAAUACCUUUUGAAAAUUUCAAAUGUUUAUGAAAUGGUUUUCAGAUGCUUCUACAACAUAUCGUGUAUCAUUAACAUCAUCGACUUCGAAAGGAGAAAGCGAUAAAAGCGCGCCAGUGUCGGUAACAACUGAUUAUGCAUGUAAGUUGAGGUUUUUAAUAGUUAAUGAAUCUAAAACUAUGGUUAACAUUUGAAAAUUGAUUCAGAUACAAAUUAAGUUGAAAAUUCAAUUAUUACCUAAAAAUUUGAGGAGAAACCUUUGAAAUUUUAAAAUCCGCUUUGAUAGACAUGAGCAACGGGCCGGGCCGGGCCCAAUUUUCAAGCCCGGCCCGUUUUUGAUUUUGGUCCGGCCCGGCCCGGCCCGAUCAGAAAAAUUCUAGGCCCGGCUCGUUUUAAAAUUUAAAAAAUUUUAAAACUUAAAACCUAAACGGAAAUUUGGCUUUAAAUUGUGUUUUUAGGUCAUUUAUGGAUCCUAGAAUCCAAUAAAAUCGAAAAACAUAAACGGGAAUUGAAAUAAAAAAUUUUAAAAAAUUAAAAAAAUUUUUUUUCGGGCCCGGGCCUAAUUUUCAAGCCCGGCCCGCGGGCCGGGCCUAGAUUUCAGGCCCGGCACGUUUUCGAUUUUGCUCAGGCCCGGCCCGGCCCGUUGCUCAUGUCUACGCUUUGAAGUUGUGAGUCAAGUUUUGGUUUGUGGAGCAAAUUUUUGUGUCAAGUCUGACUUUUUGGCAGCAAAAUUGAAAGAGAAAAGAAAUUGAAAAACUGUUUUUUCUGUUGAUAUUAUCAAUAAUUUUAUAGAAAAAUAUUAAUCUUUAUUCUAAAAUAAGAAAACCUUUAUAGUACCAAACCCGCCAAUAAUCACGAACAUUGAGUACAAAUGUGGAUCAGAUGUGAAUGUGCACUGGACAAACGAGUCUUGGCCGAUCUCGUUUUACAAAUUAUUUUUGGAAAACAAAGCAAAAAUUAAACUCUACAAUACGACUGAUAAUAGGAUGGCAUUGACUGGGUUGAAAGCCGGAGAAAAAUAUUCAGUACGACUUACUGCGGUAUUGAGCAGUAAAUACAGCAACUUGACAUUCUUCGAGAGUCCGUUCAGUAAACAUCAGGUGUUCACGUUGGACCAAAGUAGGUUUUUGAAAGGGAAAGGGUUGGUAAAAUACGAGGCACCGAUAUACAUGCCCUUUAACCUUGUUUUAGUUCUUUAUAUUACAAAAAUUUUAAACGCUCAUACCUACAUCAAUAUUUCUAUAUUCAAAAAUAUUUUAGCAAAAUGCACAGUGCAAUCUUCUAUCUGCACAUCACAAAAUCAAAAUUGUGAAAAGAUUUCAAUGGCAGGCUUCGAGCGGAAACAAAAGGGUACUUCAGUAUUGUUCAUAUUGACCAUGAUCGGAUGUUUUGUCAUUAUCAUCGUCAUGUCUUCGUUUUUUAUGAGACGACGUUGUAAUUGGGUAAAGAAGAUACUAGAGAAGGCUGAUGAAAAAGGUGGUCAAGAAACAAUGUCUUUGGUUUAUGGUAUGUUUGAUUUAAAGUGGCAUAACUUGUGUUUUUCUGGGUAUUGAUGUUCCUUAACUUAGAAUUGAGAUAACUUGUGGAAAUUACAUAGGUUCUUGUUGUGAUGUUGGUGUUAAAUUGUAGAGAAAUUUUUGCUUUAUUUUUAUCUUGUUAAAAACUGAUUCAAAAGUUCUUAGGUUUUGGCACGGUCUAAUUUACUUAGUACACCCGUUAUAAAUCUCAGGGCGUUUUAACCUUUUUUUAAUAAAUUUGGUGUUAAAACCUUUGCUGUGGCUCGAAAAUCAGCAAAUUAAAAUAUUUUAAAAGCUUUGCUUGCUAACUAUCGUGUGCUAUAUUACAGAUACUGAAACUUCAGAAACCUCGGGCUCUACGGCUGUGAUUGUGUCACGAUUCGAGUCGUAUUUUAGCGAAAUGGCCAGAAAUGAAAACGAAGGAUUCAGACGACAGUUUGAGGUAGGUUUUUUGAAUUUUUGAAAAAUUACUUUACCCUGCCGGCUUUUAUAAAAAAGUUGUUUGUCUAGAUCUAAGCCUAUGUUAAUAUAAGCUCGUCUUUUGUCCAUUCCUCGAUUGUUUCAAGCUUUGUGCGCUAGUUAGGGUGGCCAUUCCUCGAAACGAGUGGACUUCCGGAAUUUGGCAAUCGAAAAGUGGCCGGAAGGUCGAGUCAGGGGCUCUAAUUCGAUAAGAUUAUGCAAAUUGGCGCCGAAAAAGAAAGACAUAAAAUGGGGCUUUGAUGUACUCGAAACGAUACUUUCCAGUUUCAUUCCCCUGAGGCCAAACACCCGACCCAAAUGAAAUUGGGCCAAGAAAGUUUGGCACAAGAUAAGGGGGUUUCAAGAGCUUUAUUGCAACUUUGAACCCAGAUCUUAUAGUAGGAGAUAAGAUUGGGGGAUGAAGUUGCAAUAAAGUGAAGUGGCAAAGUAAUAAAAAUGUAGUAAAAAGGUUUUCUGGGAGAUUCUAUGUUAUUGAAAAAAGUUCAAAAAUGCGAAAAAAUUAAUGGAUUUACUAAAAACACAAAGAUACAUUUAAAAAAACCUAAAAUACCAAGAAAUUAGUGGCUCUAGUCCCAAAAGUACACGUUUUAAUAAACAAAAAGACUAAGUUAAUAUUACAGGACAUAGAAGCGGAUUCAGAAGUCCAAUCAGAAGAGAGUAUUGAAGAAAUCAUCAAUGCAGACCAACGUCUCAAGAACAGAUACAGGAACAUUGGAGCUGUGGAGAGGACCAGAAUUAAAAUAGUCGACUCCAACAGUAAUGACGGGUAUAUCAACGCUAAUUACAUUGAUGUAAGUGUUGUUUGUUAUAAAGGGUCAUAUUUCAAACGGCAAAAAUGUAUUGAACAUGGGAAAAGCAAUAUUGGUUUAUUAGAGGCUAGCUAAAGCGAGGUAUCAUGCUUAGAAUAAACGCCUGUACCAGCUAAAAGCAGGCAAAAAGUUAGGUUCAUAUAACCUUUGGCUGUUACCUCUCUAACUCCUAAAAAUUUCCUUGAGGGGGGCACAGAAUUAUUUGAACAAUCUAAUAGUCUUUAUUGUUAAUAUAAAACGAAGUUACUGUAGUUUAAAGUCCCAAUAUGUCGAGGGGGAUUCAUUACAGUAUAUCGCCUUUGGAAUAUUGUAUAAUAGCUACUGUGGACUUUUUAGAACAAACAAUUUUUUAUUGUAGUGUAGAGAUAUAUAUAAUACUAGAUAAUAUGUAUUUUUCAGAGUUGCGAUGAAAGAAAUGUCUACAUAGCCACACAAGCCCCCUUACCUCACACGUUUGAUGACUUUUAUGGUAUGAUAUGGCAAGAGAAGUGUAAUAUCAUUGUUGUAAUCACAAAUCUAGUUGAGGAUGGAAAAGUAAGUAAAUUUUUUUCUAAUUUAAUUUUUUUAAAUCUGAAAAUGUAUUUAAAUUUUAAUUUGUAGCGUAAAAUAUGGCAUAUAAUUCAUUGUAUUGAUAUAGAAAAUACAUUUAGGUAAAAAGUAAAUAGAAAUAAAUAGAAAAAGGUAUAAAAAAUAUACAAAUUUUUAAUUUUGUGAAAUUCCAGAGAAAAUGUGAUCAAUAUUGGCCGAACUCAUCGAAAACUCCAUUGGUUUUCGGUCACCUUACUGUAACAUUGACAGCCGAGAUGCCGAAUGCCAACUUUGUACAUAGGAUAUUAACUUUGAAGUCGAACAAGUGCUUUGUGGUAGGUUUAUAACAGAUAUAUUUUACAUAUAAUAAAUGUAUCUCAAAUACAAAGGUAUGAAAAUGUGCGAAAAUCCAAGUCUAACUACAUUACUUUCGCUUCCCUCUGUCACUACUACCUUUUCUGAGCUGACAACUGGCCUGUUCUUGCCAAAAAAACCAGUAUCUUGCCAUAUCUUAUCCAAAUUCAUACCUAAAAUACUAUUUUUCAGCCCGAACGUACCAUCCACCAAGUACAUCUAACGUCAUGGCCAGAUCACGGCACGCCAAAGACCGUUUUCCCUCUGUUGUCGUUCUUGAACUACGUGGCUGACAUUCAAUCGAAUGGUCCAAUUGUAGUUCAUUGUUCAGCUGGAGUUGGGAGGUCAGGGUCCUUCAUUCUGAUUGACAGUAUGAGACGACAUCUAUUACAUUGCGAUCAUAUCAACAUAUACGCUCACUUGAAGCACAUACGACGACAACGACAGAGAUUGGUACAGACUUUGGUAGGUUUCUUGAGGUUUUAAAAAGAGUAGGGGUGAGAUGCGGUGGGGUCAGGUAGCGUAGGAUAGGGUAGGUAGGGCAGAGUAGGUAGGGUAGGGUAAGGCUGGAAGAGGGAUGGAGCUCCAGCUUCGGCAAUUACAAUAUUGUAACAACUUUUACUUUCAGGACCAAUACGUGUUUUGUCAUCGUGUAGUACGUGAGCUGAUAAAGCACGGUAUAACUCGACAAUCCGUCCCCAACUUCUCCAAUUACCUCAAGUUUUUAUAUCAUCAGAUGUUACCUGAUGGUAGGAACCGACUUCAGAUGCAGUAUGAGGUAAUUACAGUAAAUUUUGUUAUAAAAAAGCAUUUUAAAAUUAUAUUACACAUGAAUACAUAUGAUUUAAAUCACUAUAACGCGUUUCCUGCUAAAAACCGCUCGGAUUUCUUAAUAUCUAUGUUAAUAUCGGCCCUUACAGGAAGUCUGUAAAUGUCCCCACGCCCCACCAUGCACCAUUCCUCCAGGUUAUUGUGUUCUUCCCGGUUACCAUCGAUCUGACGAGUUUUUGGUCGGUAAUUGGAGUCGAGAAUGCUCCGACCUGUGGAAUUUACUUUUCGACCGGAAAUGUCAAACAGUCGUAUUGUUCGGGUCGGAUGCUGAAGUUGGUGACUUCUUCCGUUCAGUACCACAUCGUACCAAAACAGAAGUCACGAGUUCGAUGCCAUCAACGCAAAUCAAGAGGAAGGUGGUGAGUAUGGAGCCGGAUCCAGUCGAAUUGGUGGUCAGGAAACAGAAUGAUGAACAUAUCUUGUUGAAGAAGGGCAGUGAUGAGGUAGGGAGAGCUACAAUAAUUUUUUUCGCUUUUUAAUGCCUAUAUUACUAUACAGCACCAAUAUAAACCCACAUCUUUCAGCUCUGCGUCCGAAUCGUCCGCCUAAAACCAGCCGACCUCGAACUUCAUACCUGGACAGAGAUGGAGAGGAUUCAAGACCAACUAAUCGAAUGUCAUCGAUGUCAAAUGUUGUUCAUUGACCCUUCGAACAGUGCCAUGCCCUAUGUGGUGUGUGCUUUGCAGAGUGCGGCAUGUCAGCUGGAGCAGGAACGAUUUGUUGAUGUAUUACAGUUCCUGUCGGCGUACCGUGAACGACGGUGUGGCUGCUGGAUGGCACAAGUGAGUUUAUUCUGUGGGCGUAUAGGGGGGAAGCACCAUAUAGUGGGACUAUUCAAACCCUAGGUAACACAACAUACAAUGCACGAAAAAUAACUAUAACUUGCUCAAUAUUUACAGAGUAACGUCGAGUACAUAUACGAAAAGGUUUUGGAGCUGACCACUUUGCACCGAGCUUGA